GCCUGAAUAAAACAUAAUUCUUUCGGUUCCGGAUAUUUUAAUGGUUCUUCUUGUCAAGCAUUCAAAACUGAUAAUUCAAUGCAUUUCAUGAACGUUGUUUAAAUACUGAUUUAAAAGAAAAUGGGGAAAUGCAAACACAUAUCGAAUAUAAAAUGUAUUAAGGUAUCACUAAAUUUGUAGUCCUUAUCUGUUAGAGAUACUUAGUGAAGUAUUUAGAGGUAAAAGUACAUGAUGUCUGGGAUUUGCUUUAAAAUACUCCAGAUGAGUUGAUGAAUUACUUGUUCAAAGAGAAAAAAUUUUUUACUGAAAAAAAUUCAUAGAGACACAUGGUGGCGCUGCAGUAUAAGACAAAAACAGUGUUUCUACAGCACAGGGCUCCAUUAUUCAUGAGAAGAGAGAACAUCCAACCCACCGAAAAGAGAGGUAUUAAGGCGCUUCUCCUACAGACUUGGAGGUUUAUAUAGCCUUCAGAAGUUUCCAACUUAAAAAAAAAUCAGAGCCUCAGUUUGCAAAAUUAGGGCUGAACUAAAAAAUUUCCACAAAAGAGGUUUCUUCAAAGAACCAUGGAGAUCAGAGGGGCACUAGUUCUGCGGAAAAGGCAAGUCCUGAUUCUCUUUGUUUUACUGGGAUUGUCUCAGGCGCAUCCUGAGUCUCUGCCCUAUUCUGUGGCAGAGGAAACAGAAAUCGGCUCUUUGGUGGCUAAUCUGGCAAGGGAUCUGGGGCUUGGUGUGGAGGAGCUCUCUUCACGGGAGGCUCGGGUAGUAUGUGAUGAUAAUGAAAAGCAUUUGCACCUCGAUUUGCUGACUGGGGAUUUGCUGAUAAAUGAUAAACUGGACCGGGAAGAGAUGUGUGGCUCCACAGAGCCCUGUGUGAUGCAUUUUCAGAUGGUAUUGGAAAACCCUUUACAGUUUUUUCAGGCUGAGCUGCACAUCAAAGAUAUAAAUGAUCACUCCCCUACAUUUCUUGACAAUGAAAUAGUUAUUAAAAUAUCAGAAAGUACCACUAUUGGAACUACAUUCCUAAUGGAGAGUGCCCAAGAUUUGGAUGUAGGAAGCAACAGUCUUCAAAACUACACAGUUAGCCCCAAUUCUCACUUCUACAUUAAAAUUCAAGACAGCGACGAUGGAAAGAUAUACCCAGAACUGGUCCUGCACAGAGCGUUAGAUCAUGAGGAGGAGCCUGAGCUCAGAUUAACACUUGUAGCACUUGAUGGUGGAAACCCACCCAGGUCUGGGACAACUUUGGUCCUCAUCAAGGUCUUAGACAUCAACGACAAUGCCCCGGAAUUUCCGCAGAGGCUCUAUGAGGUACAGGUCCCGGAAAACGCACCGGUUGGCUCUUGGAUUAUCACCGUCUCUGCUAAGGAUCUGGAUGCAGGAAAUUAUGGGAAAAUACUUUAUACGUUUUUUCAUGCAUCAGAAGAUAUUCGUAAAACAUUUGAAAUCAAUCCAAUAUCUGCAGAAGUUCAUUUGAGAUCACAACUGGAUUUUGAAGUAGUACAAUCCUACACUAUAAAUAUUCAGGCAACAGACGGUGGGGGUCUUUCCGAAGAAUGCACUCUUUUAGUGAAAGUAAUAGAUACAAACGACAAUCCACCGGAAGUGAUCAUCUCAUCAAUUACAAAGAUAAUUCCAGAGAACGCCGCAGAGACCCUUGUGGCUCUUUUUAGUGUUCGAGACCAAGACUCUGGAGAAAAUGGAAGGAUUAUUUGCUCUAUCCAAGAUGACCUCCCAUUUUUUCUGAAACCGACCUUCAAGAACUUUUUCACCCUAGUUUCAGAUAAAGCCCUGGACAGAGAGGAAAGAGCCGAGUACAACAUCACCAUCUCGGUCACUGACAUGGGAACCCCCAGACUGAAAACCGAGCACAACAUAACCGUGCUGGUGUCCGACGUCAACGACAACGCCCCCGCCUUCACCCAGACCUCCUACACCCUGUGGGUCCGAGAGAACAACAGCCCCGCCCUGCACAUCGGCAGCGUCAGCGCCACAGACUCAGAUACCGGCGCCAACGCCCAGGUCACCUACUCGCUGCUGCCGCCCCCCGACCCGAUCGUGCCCCUCGCCUCCCUCGUGUCCAUCAAUCCCGACAACGGCCACCUCUUCGCCCUCACGUCCCUGGACUACGAGGCCCUGCGAGCCUUCGAGUUCCGCGUGGGCGCCACCGACCGCGGCUCGCCGGCGCUCAGCAGCCAGGCGCUGGUGCGCGUGCUCGUGGCGGACGCCAACGACAACGCGCCCUUCGUGCUCUACCCGCUGCAGAACGCCUCGGCGCCCUGCACCGAGCUGGUGCCCAGGGCGGCCGAGCCGGGCUACCUGGUGACCAAGGUGGUGGCGGUGGACGGCGACGCGGGCCAGAACGCCUGGCUGUCGUACCAGCUGCUCAAGGCCACGGAGCCCGGGCUGUUCGGCGUGUGGGCGCACAACGGCGAGGUGCGCACGGCGCGGCUGCUGAGCGAGCGCGACGCGCCCAAGCAGCGGCUGGUGGUGCUGGUCAAGGACAACGGCGAGCCGCCGCUGUCGGCCAGCGUCACGCUGCACGUGCUGCUGGUGGACGGCUUCUCGCAGCCCUACCUGCCGCCCCCGGAAGCGGAAGCGGCGGCCGCGGCGCCGGCCGACCCGCUCACCGUCUACCUGGUGGUGGCCUUGGCGUCGGUGUCGUCGCUCUUCCUCUUCUCGGUGCUGGUGUUCGUGGCGGUGCGGCUGUGCAGGAGGGGCGGGGCGGGCUCGGCGGGUCGCUGCCCGGUGCCCGAGGGCCACUUCCCGGGCCACCUGGUGGACGUCAGCGGCACGGGGACCCUGUCGCAGAGCUACCAGUACGAGGUGUGUCUGAUGGGAGGUCCUGGGACGAAUGAAUUUAAAUUUCUGAAGCCAAUUAUCCCUGAUCUUCCAGUCCAAGACUCCGGUAGGCAUAUAGGGGAAAAUGAGAACUUUAGAAAUAGCUUUGGACUCAACCUUCAGUAAAAUAAUUUAAACUUGAUGUUUUGUUAUUCUUGGCAAACUAUAGACCCCACUUUUUUUUUGUAGGCCCCUUUUUGCCAAUCUGUAAUAUAUUUUAUGUUGGAUGGUAGUUGCAUGUAUUAUCAUUUCUCAUGCUCUCCUCGCAGUUGCUUUAAAAAUCUUCAGUGGCUUUAAAUUAGUGGCUAUAUAAUGUCAUGGAAAAAUAGUUUUCUGAUUUUUUGGUACAUUUGGUCUAAAUGUCAUAGUAAUAGAGUUAUUGCUAAUUUUUUGUUGUGAUAAUGCCAUUGUUAUGCAAGAUGACAUUAUUAUUUGGAGGUGCAAAUUCUAAAGUAUUAGGGAAUGUCACUGUAUAUGUAAUUUACUUGUAGAUAUUUCAUCAAAGCAUAGAUAGAGACUUCAAAAAUUAAAAGUCCUGUUGACUGGGUGGAAAGUAUAUUGGAUCUUAUUGCACUCGUCCCUUUCAAAUUUUUCAUCAUAAAGGGUAAAAGUGCUACCUGUCCAUAUUCAGUAGUAGGGUACCUUAUUUGUUUUGGUUAUUGUUAUAUCAAGUUUUUCAUGAAUUCACUUUAUGACAAAACUGACCACAUUGAAAAUUAGUGAUUUCUUAAGUAAUUUCCCUUUUUUCUCAUUGUCAUUGAUGCUGUUUUGAGGGGAGGAGUUCUGCUAUUUUACAUUGCUGCUUUGUUUUCUCUCAAUAUGCCACAUUUGCCAGUUUAAAUUUGUAUUGUUUUAUAGUGUUCAUUACAUGGCUUGAUUGUUUAUGGUGUCAUCUUAAAUAAAAUAAAGGUAAAAACUUCUUAAGAAUUAAGAUGAAAAUUCAAACUGUUAAAGAAAUGAACUCGGUUCACUUUGAAUUUUUAAAAUAUUAAAAAUCCUUAAUAUUUAUGCUCUUUCUCAGAUGUUCACAAAGGAUGGGUCUAUAUUAAUGGCUUAUAGAUGCCUCAUGGUGUUCCAAAUCAUAAUAUCUCCAAUCUAUAAGUGUACAGUUCAGUGGAGAUUUUAGUAACUAUAAUGUAGUGUGGAUAAUAAAGCU